AUGGGGAAUUAUGCAGGAAACGUGGGGCGGCGCAUCAUCCAAUUGGUUAUAUCCUGCAUGUUCUUGUGGCCAUCAUCUUUACUUGUACAAGGAACGUUUGAUCGUCAGACAUUGGAUUCAUUUGUUGGGCAGCAUGCACUUAAGAACGCAUCUAAUAGGCGCACAGGUAGAUUGUAUGAUGUUGUUCUUCCGGCUAACUUUUCUGGCAUGGAAGCUUCUGUUGUUCGGUUUAGAACUGGUAGUCUUUGGAAAAGAGGGGCUAACUUUAGCCUCUUCCGUAUUCCUCCCAAUAUAUUGCCGGUUCCCUUCACGAGGAGAAUGCAUAUAGUGUUUCCCAAUCUUGGAAACUGGUCGUCUUCCUACUACAGCGUCUCCAACCACACUCUUGUUGCUCCCGUGGUAGGCUUGCUAGGCUACGAUGCAGACAUGGCUAAUUCAUCAAGUCUGAGAAGGAUAGAGGAUUUUAGAUUAAGGAAGGAUCCGAUUCUAGUCCAUUUCCCCAAUAAUAUAUCUUUGCCGAACAUGAAAUGUGUUCGUUUUGGGAUAAAUGGCGGUACAAUAGAAUUCAGCAAUGUGACGGUGGAUGGGUUGUGUGUUGCGCGGGGACAAGGGCAUUUCACCCUUGUGAUUCCAACUCCGGAGGAGGAGAAAGCUUGGAAAUGGUGGGCGGUAGGAUUUGGGGUUGGAGUAAUGGGAUUGAUUUUUGUGGGGAUUAUGAUGUAUAGAGUAGUGAAGCAGAAAAGAGUUGGGAGAAUGGAGAAACAGAGUGAAAAGAGUGAGGCUUUAGAUACGAUGUGGAUAGGGAGGAGUAGAAUGCCUUAUGCAACAAGAAUCAGAACUGAACCAGUUCUUGAAGAUAGCUACGUCCCUUAAUUAGCUAGCUUGAAAAUCAAUUAUGUUAGUUUUCUCAUAUUCAAUUCAUUUAGAUUUGGGUGGUUUUUUUUUCUUCACAU